AUGUCGAUGCUGCUGAGCAGGACUACAAGAGCAGCCAAGAGGGGCGAGCGCCGAGCCAAAAAGAUAAUUUGUAUAGAUAUUGCCUGCCCAGUAUUGCCUUGGAGUGCAAUGCGUGUGUUGCACAUAAGUUUGCACAGGUUGUGCAACGUUGGUCACCACAGUAGUGGAGAAGGAGAAAAUUCAAUUCAAAUUCACAGUAACCAGCUGUGGCGAAGACCAACCAGGUCGGAACCUGGUAGCCGGUACAGCAGCAGUCAGCAGAAUUGUAUGACGUUCUGGACAUUCUGUGAACUUGGAACUCUGUGGUGUGUGUGUCAGUUCUAUGUGUAUGCCAUGUUUCGUGAUAUUAAGCCAACGUUUGGCCAGAGUAGCACAACUACAUCUGUUGGUGGUUUUGGAAGCAGCAACAUGAAUAGUCCGUUUGGUCAGUCUACAUUUGGUAAAACUACUACAAGUGGUUUUACUGCACCUGCUUUUGGUUCUGCAAGCACAUCGUUGUUUGGUAGCAAUACUUCCACAUCUAGUGGUCUGUUUGGUGGUUUGAAUGCACCUGUAUUUGGUCAGGCUCCAACCACUCAGUCUUCUGGAUUUGGUUUUGGAACCAAUACUACUAGUAAUAAUUUGUUUGGUAACCAGCAGAAUGCAAACACAAGUUUGUUUGGGGGCAACACAUCAUCUGCUUUUGGGCAGAAUAAACCAGCAUUUGGAAGCUUUGUUACACCAAGCACUGGUUUAUUUGGACAACAACAACAACCACAAACAACAUCAUUAUUUGGACAGCCUUCUGCCAGCUCUGGCACUGGUCUAUUUGGUUCAGGAAGCUUUGGAAAUACAGCAAAUCAGACUCUUGGAACUCCUAUUAAAUUUGUACCAACUACUGGCACAGAUACAAUGGCCAAAGGCGGCCUCAGUCAACCCAUAAACACAAGACACCACUGCAUAACAUGUAUGAAAGAAUAUGAAUUCAAAUCAUUGGAAGAGUUGAGGUUAGAAGAUUAUGCUUUGAAUCGCAAAGGGCCACAGACUGCUACUCAGCAAACCAGUUUAUUUGGCACAUCAACCCAGCCUUCAUUAUUUGGGGCAGGUACUAGUACAAGCACUGGUGGUAGUAGUCUUUUUGGAGAAAAUAAGCAAUUGUUCUCUGGAGGUACUUCUAUGGGUUUUGGGACAAAUACUGGUGUUUUUGGUUCCAAUACCCAGCAAGCUGGAAGUAUAUUUUCAAAGCCUGGAGGGUUUGGAGCUGUUACUACCACUACUGCAUCAGGUUUUGCAUUUAACACACCUAGCACCACUAAUCCAUUUGGAGCUACAUCGCAGCCGAAGCCAUUUGGAGCGGUUGCACCACAAACAAGUCUUUUCGGAGCAACACCAUCACAACCUUCUGCCUUCGGUACCCAGAACACUGGAUUUGGUGUUUUUGCCAGCCAACCAAAUCAGAGUAUUGGUCUCUUCAAUCAAAACAAAUCACCAUUUACUGUGAACACUACCAGCACAGGAUUUACUUUCGGUCAAAAUACUGCCACUAAUCAGACUCAGAGUAUAUUUGGAAAACCUACUGGUACUGGAACUGGAUUUGGAUCAAAUUUUGGAACAAAUAGUGCUUUUGGAGGUGCUAAUAUGUUUGGAUCUAAUCAAAAUGCAGGUCUCUUUAACCAGUCUGCAUUUGGUAAGCCAAAUAAUUUUUCCUUUGGUAACCAGUCAACUCCUGCAACUUCAACAUUAGGAACUGGAGUAGGAGGUCAGACGAUGUUUGGGACUACUGGAAAUAAACCUGGAAGUAUGUUUGGGACAGGGACAAGCAUGUUUGGAGGUGGAACUACUGGUUUUGGCUCUUCUACCUCAACAUUUGGGAUGGGUACAAGUCUUGGUUCAUCUUGGGGUCUUGGAGGACAAUCUUUAUUGGGAGGGACUGCAACGAAUACCACUCCCAGUCAACAAGGAAACAUAUCUGUUCAUGAACAGAUGUUAGCCCUGGCAACUAUGCCAUUUGGAGAUACUCCUCUUUUCCGCAACCUGUUGCCUGCCAGUAGUAAAUCAAGUGAUCUUUUGAAACCAACAAGCCCUGCUCCUCACAAAGUAGCUCAAAAAGCAUCCAGUAUUUCCAAUCAAUACAAAGUUUCUCCUAGAUCUACUACCAAAAUCAGAGUGAAACCGGUUUCUACAACUCAACUAUCCAAGAAAGCAUUGUUUGAUGGACUGGAUGAAGAUGUUCCUGCUCAGUUGGAAAACUUCUCACCUUUGCGAAGUACUAAGAGACUUGUAUUGAAAACCAAGCCUGUUGAAACAGAGGGUUCCUCAACUGUUGCAAUUGGUACUGAAAUUACAAACUCGUGCCAAGAAUCGGAUAAAGAGAAUAAUGAAGUGAUUCAUGACCAACCUCCUGCAGAGGAAACCUGGCUACUGGGAAAAGGAGGAAAUGCAAAUUCCAAAGAAGAUAAUAAAAAUGCAGAUACCCAGAGUCCCAGGAGAAGUAUUGAGCUUACUCCUGAUGUAGGAGAAGUAAGAUUGCAAAGAAUCACAAAAUCUGCUUUAAAUAGUGAUGGAAAUAACAAAGAACGAAGCAAUGAAAGUUCUUCUGGCUCAGAAUACUUCAAUCUUGCAGAGGAGAGUCAAGAAGUGGAUGAUACACCUCCUUUAAGAGAUCAGCCUUCACAUCCAACUGGAAUUGUCCUUAAUAGAGUUGGAUAUUACACCAUUCCCUCUCUGGAUGAUUUGAACAGCCUCCUGACUGAAGAUGGAAAAUGUGUUGUGGAUAAUUUUACAAUAGGCAGGAAUGGCUAUGGAAAUGUAUAUUUCCCUGAUUCAUUUGAUGUUGCUGGUCUGAAUUUAGAUGAAAUUGUUCAUUUUCGACAUAAGGAAGUUGUUUUGUAUCCUGACGAUGAGAAAAAACCUCCUGUUGGUGAAGGGCUAAACCGACGAGCUCAGGUGACCCUUGAUAGAGUGUGGCCUAUUGACAAGUCAAGUCAUGAUCCCAUCACAAGUGCAGAGAGACUUCAGGAAAUGAGAUAUGAAGAUAAGUUGCAGAGAGUAUGUGCAAAGUUGCGAACUCGUUUUAUGGAAUAUAGGCCACAAACUGGAUCUUGGGUUUUUAAGGUUGAACAUUUUUCAAAAUAUGGUCUGAGUGACUCAGAUGAAGAUGAUGCUCUACCUCCUGUCCCAGCUAAACAGCAAAAGUCUGGUGUUCCUGUAAAAUCAAGUGCUCCCAUUGGGGCAGUGCCUCAGCAGGCUGGACUUGCAGUGACUGCAAAGCAGAUGAGUGGAAAAGAAGAUUGUGUUGGUUUGAUUGGUACUCAGAUACCUGGUGGAUUAAAUGAUGGUGGUUCUGCUCUUGUCCCUGUUCUCCUUGAAGAUGAUCAUGAUAUGGAAGAUGUACCCAAACACCCAAUUAUUGACUAUGGAAAUGGCACUAUGAUUACCAGUCCAACUACAAAAUUAGCUAGAGAAUUUGGCAGUUCAUCGCACAAGUUGCAGUUAAUGAAAGCAUCUUUCUUUGUAGAGGAUGAUGUAAAUGCUGAUAUACUGGGAUUUACCUCUUAUGAUCAACUUCUGCAAGAAAAUGUCAUUGAGGACGUACUGGAAAAAAAUUUGAAUGAAGGUCUUCCAGAAAAAAGAUAUAAUCUUCUAAGGACCCAUUUCACCAGCCCUCAGACUGACAUAUCUGUAGUUGAUAUAUCUGUUACUGGUCAUGAUGUACCUCCAAAGAAAAUGCAGAAGUCUAAUAUUGCUCCUGAAGUUAUUGCUCCACCAGUAGAACAUCCUAAAUCUGUUGCGUUAAAAUAUCCUCAUAAAGUGUUGCAUUGGGAAAACACAAGUUCUAAAAGAAUUGGAGCAAAAUGUCUUGUAGAUGUCAACCUCUUAAGGGGCCAUUCUUUUCGUGUUGGAUGGGGUAUGGAUAGUACUCUCUUGACUCUUACGACGCAACAAACAGCUUCAGUUCAACCUCUGGUUGGAGAUCUCACUGACUUGAUGUCGUAUACUAUUGGUAGAGUUGAUGAUGAUUACUCCCCAUGCAUUGUGCAAAGACUGAGAGUGGUUGGAGGGGGUACUGGUUAUGAAGAGAACUUCUGUGAAAGCGUGGAAGGCCAUUUAAUGAUACAGUUAAAUCACAGUGAAAUGAUUGAUGGAGAUUGUCCUCAGUGGAUACCAGCAUUUGGAGUUGAUGCAUUGCAUGCUCAUUGUGAUUUGGCUGUAGAUCUUACUAUUGAUCAAAAUGAUGCCUUACUGACAUAUGCUCGAUAUGUGUGGGAACUGUGUGUAGCAUUGUGGGGCCAUUUAUCUACACUGGAUGAGAAUCAAAGUAUGGGUUCCCAUCAUACAGUUAUGGCUCGAAGAGAAGCUGUCAGUGAAUGGCUAGAAAAUGUUAUUGUUCCUCAAGUUGAAGAAGAAACAAGUCGUACUUUGGGUAAAUCUGGUGAUCCUAAUGAUAUGGAGCGACAUAUUCCUGCAAUUUUAUCGUACUUGUCCGCUAAAAAUUUGUUAGAAGCUUGUAGGAAAGCUCAAAGUUGUGGUGACCACUAUGCUGUAAUGCUUUUAUCCCAAAUGGGUGGAAGUCAAUGUGUUCGUCAAUUAGUACAUCGUCAGUUGGUGUAUUGGCAAGAGGUUCAUGCAGACUCCUAUAUAAACAAAGAUCGACUUAAAAUGUUAAUGUUGGUUGCUGGGUUACCACUGUUUUCGUCAUCUCGUGGUUCAAUUAAUAUUUGCGAAAAUCUGGAGUGGAAGCGAUGUUUUGCAAUGCAUUUAUGGUAUGUGUGCUCUCCUGUUGCUUCUGUCAUGGAUGCUUUACAGAAAUAUGACAAUGCUUUUAGCUCUGAAGAUCCUAAAAAUAAUUAUGCUCGACAACCCAAUCCACCGUAUAUAGAUCCAGAUGAAGAAUCACAAACUAGUAAUGGACAACCAGUGCUUACAUCUUUAGGUUAUUCGCACCUUUCUGAGUAUUCUGCUGCUCAUUUGCACACAAGUUUUGCUCUUCAAUUGGAAACCCAAGGAUUGUGGCAUUGGGCAGUGUUUGUUUUGCUGCACUUAAAAAAUACUGCAAGCCGUAAAGCAGCCGUUUUGGACAUGAUCGGCCGACAUAUAGAGCUAUCUGACAGUGAUAUGUACUUGGACCGAGAGGACUUUUUAACUGACAAAUUAAAAAUACCAUCAAAGUACUCAAAAGCUGCUUGGUAUCUCAUUAAAGCGGGACAUGUGAAUGAAGGACAUGAUGUUAUUAUGAAACAUAUUGCUGCUGAUAGUGUCAUCAAUGAAAACUACAAGUACUUACAACGUUUGUUGGAACCUCUAGUUCAAGCAGAUCCUGUUAAUUCCAUAUCUGGUUGGAAUAGUGGAGGACAAAUUUUGUGGGAUUAUCUUCAGGUUGUGUCAGAAAUUGAAAGGUUGAUGGCUAAACCACUGAUAGCAAACAACUACCAGUUGGAAAAACUGCAACCUCUUCUUACAAGCUUGUGCUCCAGAAUUAAUUUACUUUCAUGCCCAUCUGCCAAGGACAGAUUAUGCCAGUCGGAAAUUGCACUUCGAACUGCACAUUUAAUUCGCAAUGUACUACAGUUACAAAGAGGAGAAAAUAAAGUAUCUGCACGGGUGUUAGCUCAUGUUAUAAAUCAGUUGCCUCUGCCAGAAGAUUAUGCUUGUGAUGAAUUAAAUCAAGUUGUGAGAACAGUAGUGAUGGAGUUUGUACCAGAGUGAUGUUUUGAUACUUGACUUGUGGACAGCAUGAAUCAUUAUGUACUGUGGAAUGCGGACAUUGUGUAAAAUGUAAUUUAUGUUAAUCAAUGAGAAGCAAACAUCUGAAUGUUGUAGUUUAAACCUUUAUACAUUUGUAAGUAUUGUUGAACCAUGACUUCAUCUAUUGAAGUGAAAUGAUGUGCAUGUAUGUUUACUUCUGCAACAAAGUAUUUCUCCUAGUUUUGAAAUGUCAGUGUUUGUGAAUCCGUAUAUUUGAAGACUUUACAUGGUGUGCGUGUGAAUUCGUUCGUUUUCUUUUGUGAAUGUAAGUGAUUUAUGCAGAUUUUGCGAGAUACUUUUUUAUAUAAAAAGCAAUGUUUAGGGGUAUUGAGAUGAUCAUAAUUUUUAAUAAUCAUCUUGUUAUCCUGUUUUAUAACCAUCAAGUGUAUUGUUGUUUUGAAGAAUUGUUGAGUAGUGAACUAAGGAACUGCAUUGUUGUAAUGAUCUGUAAGAAAUUUUACUGCUGGUUGAUAAUCAUAAAAUAAUUCUCCAUGAGCUUUGAGUUGUAUGUAGUUCAAUAUAUUUAUAUUUCUGUACAUUUGAUAUUCUACAGUCAUGCAAAUUUGGAGACAGUACAUGUGUUUUACUGUAGCAGGCUACCUUGUUUUAGUUUGUUCUUCAUUGGUAAGAAUAUGCACAUCUAUUAUUACUGUGUGUUUUAUUUAUAGAAUGUGGACAUAUCCUUCCAAAACUCAGAAAUGUCAUUUUAUUACCUUUCACAAAUACAAUUUUUCAAUACAAUCAACAGUCAAAAUGAAAGCAAAUUCACACAAAAACACACGUAUGCUAUCUGUAAGCGAAAGAGAAUAUUAACCCAACAACGCACCCUCUGUCACUCGCAGAGCAUUACCAGUAUUACGGAAAAAGAUACACAGUGCUAGAAAUUACAUCAUGCCGCAAAAGAAAACUUAACCAUUAGAAGAAGAGUCACUCAUGCACAAAAUACUACAAUUGAAAGAAAUAAGAAAAGAAAAAACGUCAGCCGCAAAGAAUGAUUUAUUACAUUUGAAACGAGAGCUACCGAGUGUAAUUAAAAAUAUAAGACAAAACAAUGAGCUAUAUAGAAACCAAAAAAGAGAUUGCAGAAUUAAAAAAAGAAAUUGUCAAUAAGACAAAAUCAAAUAGAAAGAAUA